AUGAGGGGAACUACUUCCAGUCUUUGGCGAUUGGCAAGACGAGCGCGUCUUCCAUUCCAACCACCCACGCACUGUAACAAAAAUAACACUCCGCUAUCUAUCGCUCGCCCGUUUCACCGCAAUGCUUUCUCCUCUUCCCCCUAUCCACUUCCCUUUCGAUUCUUCACCGGGCAACGUCGGAGCAUGUUCAUCGAAGCGCAGGCCACGCCCAAUCCCUCGUCUCUCAUGUUUUAUCCCGGCAAACCUGUCAUGGACGUUGGUAGCGCCGACUUCCCCAACCCUCGUUCCGCCAUGAAUUCCCCCCUCGCGAAGUCGCUCUUCGCAAUCGACGGCGUUACUCGCGUAUUCUUUGGAUCUGAUUUCGUUACCGUUACGAAAUCGGAAGACGCUGCCUGGGAGUUCCUGAAACCCGAGGUAUUUGCCGCGAUUAUGGAUUUCUACUCUUCCGGUCAGCCUCUCUUUUUAGAUUCUCAAUCUGCCGCCGCCAUGGAUACAGCUAUUCACCAGGACGAUUCUGAAACAGUUGCGAUGAUCAAGGAAUUGUUAGAGACUCGAGUUCGGCCAGCAGUGCAAGAUGAUGGUGGGGACAUUGUAUAUCGAGGUUUUGAUCCAGAUACUGGAAUAGUAAAACUUAAAAUGCAAGGGGCAUGCAGUGGCUGCCCAAGUUCAUCAGUGACUCUGAAAUCAGGCAUUGAAAAUAUGCUGAUGCAUUAUGUUCCCGAGGUCAAAGGUGUGGAACAAGAACUGGAUGCGGAGGAAGAUGGAGCAGCAUUGAGUGGAGAAAUGAUGUAG